GGCGCAGAGCCAUGAAGCUGUACAGCCUCAGUGUCCUCUACAAAGGCGAGGCCAAGGUAGUGCUGCUCAAAGCCAGGUACGACGAUGUGGCUUCCUUCAGCUUUUUCCAGAGAUCCAGCGUUCAGGAAUUCAUGACCUUCAUGAAUCAACUGAUUGUGGAGCGCUCAUUCAAAGGCACUAGAGCUUCUGUCGAAGAACAAGACUAUCUGUGGCACCUCUAUGUCCGGAAUGACAGUCUUGCAGGUGUGGUCAUUGCUGACAAUGAAUGCCCAUCCCGGGUGGCCUUUACCUUGCUGGAGAAAGUACUAGAUGAAUUCUCCAAGCAAGUCAACAGGAUAGACUGGCCAGUAGGGUCCCCUGCUACAAUCCAUUCUGCAGCCCUGGAUGGUCACCUCAGUAGAUACCAGAACCCACGAGAUGCUGACACCAUGACUAACGUGCAGGCCGAACCAGAAGAGACCCAAAUCAUUGUGCACAACACCAUGAAGUCUUUGUUAGAGCAAGGUGAGAAGCUAGGUGCCUUGGUGUCCAAAUCUGAGGUGCUGGGAACACAGUCUAAAGCCUUCUAUAAAACUGCCCGGAGGUUGGGCACGGUGGCUCAUGCCUGUAGCACUUUGGGAGGCCAAGGCGGGCAGAUCACCUGAGGUCAGGAGUUCGCGACCAGCCUGGGCAACAUGGUGAAACCCUGUCUUUACUAAAAUACAA